AUGCAGUUCCGCGCUUCCAUCGCCGCCGCCGCCUCCCUCUUCGCCCUGGCCAACGCCCGCAUCUACGGCAUUGCCUUCCCCGAAACCGUCAAGGCCGGCGACCAGGUCAACGCCAUCAUCGAGACCGAGAACUACAUCCAGUCCGUCCAGGACGUUGCCAUCGCCUUCGGCAUCGCCCCCGAGGCCUCUGCCUACCCCGGCACCCUCUCCACCGUCAUCGGCUCCUUCUACCUCGGACCUGGUAAGCUUCCCCGCGGACCCCGCGGAAGACACAAAUUUGUUCUAAACAUGUUCCAAAUAGAGAAGUCCAAUGUUCUUGACAACAUCACCGAGACCGUGACCAUCCCCGCCGAGCUCGCCGCUGGCACGUACGUUGUCUCCGCCGGCGUCUACAGCCUGUACGGCGCCUCGUCCAGCACCACCCUCACCAACUAUAACGUCACCAUCACCGUUGGCGACGCUACCAGCGAGAACUACGUCGGCAGCCAGUAA